ACAGCUGACUGCUGACUAAGCUGACUUAAAACUUUUGACAUUCUAACGGAGAAAAUAUUUUGUUCGAUGUAUUGUUGAGCCUGUAUUUUUUAUAAAUUGGAUCAAAGCCGUAAAGUAGGUAGUUAUCGUUAAACCGACACGGUAAUUGUUAUUGUGUAUUGUCUGCUAUAUUAAACACUGUUUACGGCACUAUACUGAUUAGAUCAACACAUAAAUGCACAUAGCGACGGAGGCGUAACUAGUGAUAAGACGCUGCCGGCCGCCCAGCAAGCGGAGUACAGGCGCAGAGAUACGAGCUAUCAGCGAGCGCGAGCCGCUGCGAUACUUAUUACUAGCUAAAGCACGUAGCCGUCUCGACAGGCUCCUGACUGCAACUUCACAACUGCAUUCCGAGACACAGCGAGAUGGGCGUGGAGCGCGAGGUGCACGGCGUGCGCGUGGCGGCCGUGGGCGAGGUCAACAGCGCGCACUACGACGCGCUCGUGCUGGUGACGGCGCCCGGCCUGGUGCCGCCGCAGGCGCUGGAGGACUUCGUGGCAGCCGCGCGCCAACUGGACGCCGAGCUGGACCGCGCGCCCGCGCUGCUGCACUGCGCGCGCGUGUCGGGCGCCCGCCUCGUGCUGGCGCCCACGGGCGCGCUGGGCGAGUACGAGGACGUGCGCGCCGUGCCCUUCCGCGCCGCCGCCGAGCGCCUGGGCGACAUGGUGGAGGUGUCGGUGCUGCGGCGCGAGGACCUGGCGGCGCACGCGGGCCGCGGCCGCGACCAGCUGCACCAGGCGGAGAGCGCGGCGUCCGUGGCGCUGCCCCGCGGCCACCAGGCGCCGGCCGCCUUCUUGCUGCUGGCGGCGGGGCUGGAGGCCGGCGACGUGCCGUACGCGCACCUGGACGUGGCGGCCAGCGCCGGCGACCUGCCGGACGACCCCACGGCGGCGCCGCUGCUGGGCCUGGCCGCCUACUACGGCCUGGUCGCCAAGCGCUAGCUCGCCGCGACGUACGAGAACCAUUCCGCUACAUCGUAGAGACAGCACGGAGUACAUCGUUGCAUAAUAACCGAUCACAAUAUAUUUUUGGAUUUAUUUUUUGAUAUAAAGAUGUUUCAUAGUAA